UGGAUUGCUUUCAAAGACCUCCGCUGGAGAGGCAUCGAAUAGUCAAGGUACCUGCCGUGCCAAGGGAUGUCCAGAACCGGUCUAGCCCAACUGAUUAUCAGAGACCCGCUUCUUCCAUUCAUCUACGACUGUUCUUCAACCUGACCAGUGACCGACAUUGACUACGUUGAUAGGAACUAGUCACUCCUUGGCUUGAUGAUCGGCUCUGACUGAAGCUACUUAGUGGAUAUACCACUACUGGUGUCGAUUGCACCUUCAGCUCUCUUCCUAAACAUUCUUUUCCCACCAGAGGCAAUGAACAACCGACCAGUGGAACAGGCGCUGGCCACGCUGGUGCCAACGCACGCAAAUGAUCUACCUCCAGAGCUCGUCAGCUUAGCCCUCUCUCUAGUAGCACAGUCGCGGAGCUUUGCGUCUAGCUUGCGACCAGAGGAGGAGAUUGCGCGACCCUUUGCCUGCUCAGAGAUCGCGUGUCGGAGACUGAGUCGCAACCUCAACCUCCCCCCUUUACUAGGCCAUCCGCCGUGCCCGCCACGCGCCUACAAGAACCUAUAUAAGCUCCUCGACCAGUCUAUCGGUGGAACGGGCGUGAAACGAUCCGGAAGCAAUUCCGUCCCAGGGACCCCGUCGCGUGCCGGCUCCAACCCAUCAACACCGAUCAAAGAACCCCGAUUGACGCGCACUCCGUCGAAACAAGAAACGGCCACCCCGCGGGCACUACAACACACCCCCAGCAAAUCCACACCGCUCAAAGGGCCAGUAACGAACGCCGACAGGCCGCGAGCAUCACACUCGCCGCAGAAAUCCUUCAAACCCCGCCGACAUGGGCUCUCCACCUCGACUAUCAUCGCCGACGCGCCCUCAUGGGUGAUGACGUCCAUCCGCACCAUGUGCACGACGCUCUCCACGCCCGCGCCGCGAACAAGCACCUGGUCCCGACCUCCCGUCUCACGAGAGCUCCCGCCGCACAUCUUCGCCGGCACAUCCUCCAUCUUCCACUUCAUCUCGCAAGCCAGCUCCGACGACUUCGACGAGGAAGUCCUCGCAUUCAUCGAGCCGAUCACAAUCACACAGGACAAGGAAACAGACGAGGAGUUCCAGGAGCUCGUCAAGUCCCUGCUCGUAGCGCUAUACUUUCUGGUUCUCGCGCGCAGACGCAACCCGAUAGCCGAAAGAGCUGAGACAGCAGAGGCGCCGAAACUGGAUAAGAAGACGUUCUGGGACAUGCGCCAGACGGCGCUCACGAGCCUGAGUCUACCUUCCACCGACCGACGACACCGAGACAACGUCGAGCAGUGGAUCGCGGUGAUCAUGGAGCAGGGCUGGGCCAACGGCCAGGAGUGGUUCGAGAACAUCCCGCAGGGAGCGAGCCUGGACGAAGAGUAUGCUUCCGGAGAGGAGGGAGGGGUAAAUACGCCGCACGGAAGCAAGCGGCAGAAGACCAUGGGAGGGUCUCUUUUACAGGGCGACUCGAGAAAGGGCCUUCUUCCGGGUCUAGGGACCAUGAUGCAGGAUCGGGUGGAUUAUCUGAGUGAGGACCGGCGGGAGGAUUAUGUGGAGUGGCGGGCUGAUGUGAUGGCUCGGAUUGGGCGGAUGAAGAGUGCAGCUUAAGACUUAC